CUAAAAAAACGGAAGCAGGCGCUACCAUUUUGAAACACGACACUGCUUAGCGCCACAAUGGACAAGAGCAACACGGUGAAGCUCUUCGUGGGCAACCUGGCUCUGGACACCACCCAGGAGGAGCUGUCGGCCAUCUUUGAGUCGUAUGGCCAGGUGGUCAGCUGCAGCGUUCUCCGACAGUUCGCCUUCGUACACCUACAGGGCGAGGGGGCUGCAGAGCGGGCCAUCAGUGAGCUGAACGGCAGGGAGUUCCGGGGGAGGAACCUGGUGGUGGAGGAGUCCCGGGGCAGACCGCUCCACUCCACCAAGGUGUUUGUGGGCAACCUGUCGGGCAUGUGCACCACUGAGGAUCUCCAGGAGCUCUUCCAGACAUUCGGCAAAGUACUGGAGUGCGACAAGGUCAAAGCCAGGCUCUCCUCUUCUGCAGGAUACGCCUUUGUGCACAUGGAGAAUAAGGAGGAGGCUCUACAGGCCAUCGAGGCUCUCCACGGCACCUCCUUCAAGGGACGCCCGCUCUCCGUGGAGCUCUCCAAGGUACAGCCCUCUAAGCAAACCCCCACCGGGAAGAUCCCUUGUGUGAGCUGUGGGAAGCAGGGCCACUACGCUGGGGAGUGCCCUGUAGGGAAGCCCUCUCUGGAACAGUACCAAAGCCAGGCAGCUGUGUUAGCUGCUGCCGCCGCCGCCGCAGCCGGCCUCCCCCUCCAGGUCCAGCAGAGUGUCCACAACUCAGUUUACAACACCUCGACCUUUGACCCCACGUACGCGGCGCUGACGGGCCACACCACCGGCACGAGGACGGACGGCAACCCCGUCAACCAGGCAGUGUACGGUGCCCUGGCGACGCAGGUCUACGGCGCCAACGUGGCCAAUCAGCUCUACGGAGUCCAGGCAGCAAAUCAGGCGGCAGCAUUGACGCAGGCGGGUGCCACGCAGGUGUACGCCAGGUCCAUGAACCCCAGCCACGCCGCCCUCUACAGUCAGCUCAGUCAGAUCGCUGCCAGCCCCGCCGCUGCCUACUCCACACCCGUCUACGCGCAUGCCAUGGCCAACCACCACCACCACCCAGGGGCCGUCUACCUGGCAGCCCCUGGCGUUGAGAUGCCUACGGCAGCUGCUGCCAUCAACCAGGCCUACGCCUUGGCACCGGCGCUCUAUGGGGGCGCCCAGCAUGCCUACGGUCACAUGGGGAUGGGAGCCAUGGGCGCCGCCAUGAGCGUGUCGGCGGACCCGUCGGUAGCCAUUUUUGAGGCAGCGAGGGUGCAGCACUACUUCGCCCAGGGACAGCAGGUUCUGGCCGAGCAGCAGAAUGCGGCGGCGGCCCAAGCGGCAAAGUCCGGGGAAAGGGACCGGAGUCCCCUGAGGCGCUCGGCGGGGUCCCUGCUGCCCGACCCUGUCAUGAAGCCCUUCAUGUACCAGAGAGCGCCCAAGCAACGCCGGCCACUGCUCCCCACCCCCGCUGGGCGAGCUGCAGAGGAGGAAGCGGAAGCUGCGGAGGACACCAUGACUAGAGACCAGUGUCAACAGUACGCUGAGUACUACCAACAACAGCACCAACAGUACCAGCAGCUCCAGCAGUUACAAGAGCAGUACCAACAGUAUGCUGAGUACUACCAACAACAGCACCAACAGUACCAGCAGCUCCAGCAGUUACAGUACUAUGCAGAGUAUUACCAGCAGUACCAACAGUACCAGCAACUCCAACAGUACCAGCAACUACAACAGCUCCAGUACGCCUACCCGCCUCCCAGCCACCACGCCAUCCCUGCCCACGCCAUUGCGGGCCACGCCCACCACCACGGCCAGCCCGGUCACGUCACGGCGCUGGACGCCGCCCUCAGGCCAGUGGUGCCCGCCUCCGCUAUGGUGGCAGUGCCCAGAGUGUAUGAGUCGCCGCUGCCGCCGCCACCGAACCGCAAGGAGGCCGUCCUCCGCCGAGCCCCCGAACUCUCCCUUCACACGCCUGAGCCCCCCUUCCGAUAGUCCAUACCUCCUCUGCCCCCCCGCACCCCACCGCACACAACCCGUAUACCACCCUCGUACCCUCCCUUUCUCUCAGCGGCUGUGUGUAUCUGUGUGUGGGGGUAUAUAUAUCUGUGUGUGUCUCUGGAUGUGUAUCUGUGUGAGAAUUAGUGUUUUGUGUGUGGAGUUGGUUUGGUAUUAGUUUUUACUGUAGUCAAUGGAUAAACACCCAAGCAUCUAAACCCCAACUGUGGUCCUGAUACCACACACACAGUGCAGUGAAAGAGGGGGGAAAGUUGCUCUUAUCCGCCACAUACCGUUGGCUUUUUUUGUUAGGGAUUUCUAUUGCUUUUUAAAGUGUAAGAAAUAGACUGAGAACCGUCAUACAUUUUCAUUGCCUUCAAGAGUGAUUUACAGUGUAAAGGCCAAAAUAUGAUUGGUUCUCGAGGAUUCAAUGAAUUAGCUAAUCUCUCCACUAGUUCAACAGAAAUAUUUCUAGCUUUUAUUUGAACUAUAUGAAUGUAUUGAAACUGCACUGUGGUUUGUUGUGAAGGUCCAGGGUUGGAGGGGUCUGUGUGUUGCAUGCGUCGGGACUGUGGUGUGAGAGAGAGAGAGAUGUUGGCUUUCUGUUUCAAUGUAAUUCACACUGUCCGGUUCCCUCACUAGCGCAGUCCUGGGGGACUCGAGGGCGCAGACCACAGCCACACUAUUAUUUAAGAACUACUCUACCUACCCAGCCUCACCCCCCCCCCACCCCACCCCGCUGCAACCAGAACACUGAAAGACACUGCUGCAUUUCUGCCCUCUUUUACUCUAUCUAGGUCUUAGCCUGGUUAAACCAGAUUCAAUGCUGUGCUCGCCACUGAAACAAUGGAGGAUUCAACAUUGUCAGGUUUCACCAGGCUAUCUAUACCUAACUCUGACAAUGAGAUAGGAUUGAGAUUAGCUGGUUAGAAUAUGAAUUGUCUGCCUUCUAUCCAUCCAGUUAUAUCAAUUGGUGUCAGUUGCAGGGUUGGGAUCCAUUCCAUUUGAAUUCAAGUCAGUUUAUUUCCUGAAAUGGAAUGGACCCCAACCCUGGUCAGGAGUUUGGAGAAUGCCCCAUUUUAGUGUCUUGCUGCAUCAGUGUAUUUUGAGGCCUUUUGAAGUAUGUUUUAGUUUUUCUGUAAGUGGUUGUGGGGUCAACGAGUACAUUCUAACCCCUCAGAUCAUGUAUGUAUGAGCUGUUUGAUGGAUUUAUAAGCAAGUCGACUUUUUAGACUUUUUAGCUAGAGAACCAUGAGUUUCGAUGAGCUUAACGUUGUGCCUAAGCGUUGCGUGAAGUGCAUUUAGUGGAGGGAAUAGCUCCUUUUUUUGAAGUGCUUUUUUUCUAAUGGCAGUCUUCUUCUUUUUUAAAAAAAAUCUGAGGUGGAGGGUAAAGGGUUUAAGAUAAUGUGACGUGAUCUUUUUUUUUUUAGCGGUGCGGUGACGUUCGCACCGACGGUAUGACGACAGAUGGAGCAGUAUCUUUCAGUCGCCCGCCCCCGACGUGUCCUUGCACCCCGUUGUAAGACGACGCACUACCCCCGUUCCCCCGCUGUCCUUUCUCCUUGUGGUUGUAGUGAUAUAGCUUUUUAUAUUGCAUAUUCUCUCUCCGUCUCUCAUAUAUACACACACACACGGUUGCAUCUCCUGUGAAAUCUCGAUGGUCACAAAAAAAGUAUUUUUAUUCUUAUUGCUUGCCUUGUGUCUGACCAUAUUUUUUAUUUUGCCUUUUUCAAAUAAACAAUUAAACCGGCAUGCUUUUUAAUAUGUACACUAUACAUGCCCACCAUUUUUAAAAUAAAGAAUGUUUCUGACUA